AUGGUUCACAUGAUUACAUAUAUGCGACAACAAAAGAUGACAGAAGGCAAAGCAUACGAUGUCAAAGAAAAUGUCAAAAAGAGGGAAACGUUGAGGAUAAAAUAUCGCAUUGCAGUGAAAUGGAUUAGAGGACAAAUUGUACAUCUGGGAAAAAAGCACACAAUGAGAGUGGUCAUUGUCGGAAUCGACGCAUAUGCGAAGAUGGGUCUCGCACAGCAAUCCGAUGUGCUGGGAAAAUGGUAUUAUCCAGCGGAGAGCACAUCGGACAACGGUGACCGUCUGGUCGACUUGUGCGAACACAGAGCUGUUUGGGACGUCUUCGAUUCUGACCACCGUCGUUUCUCGCUUCAAGAUACGGUUCCACAAGAGAAACCGAGGAGUUCCUCUUCAACCGAAGAUCGACAUGGCAGAAAGAAGCUGCGUCGUCAACUGCAACAAGACCGCGAUAACGAGUGGACGUCAAGAGCGAUGGAGUUUGAGAAGGCGUGGGAGGACAAGAACCCGCUGAAAGCCUAUGGUUUACUAAGACAGUACAGCAGCAAAAUGAAAAGAUGUUCUUCUGUCCUCAACACUGCCAAUGGAGUAGCUGUCGGUGAAGCAACCCUUCCAAUUUGGAGGGAUCAUUUAAAGACCUUGCUGAACCGGCAAGCACCGCCAGCCCCUGAACUCGAGCACGUUCAUAGGCCGACAUAUGCGCUUAACGAGGAGCCACCGACCGACUCGGAGGUUCUAGUCUGUAUUUGA